AUGGCCUUCACCUUCACUGCGUUCACCUACAUUCUGGCGCUUAUUCUCGACGCCUUUCUCAUCUUCUUCUCGGUCUUUCAUGUCAUUGCGUUUGAUGAGCUAAAGACUGACUUUAAGAAUCCCAUUGACCAGUGCAAUACCCUCAAUCCGUUGGUCUUGCCCGAGUACCUCAUUCACCUCUUCUUCAAUGUACUCUUUCUCUUUUGCGGUGAAUGGUUCACUUUGCUCCUCAAUGCGCCACUCAUCGCCUACCACGUUCACAG